ACACACACACACACACACCAGUGAACGCUCUGCCUCCCGAGUGUUUGACAUCAGUAAUGAAUCACAGUAAACACAAGCACCACCCCCGGUUCUGCGUCUGUGUGUGUUUGCAUUCUGAAUGGAUCCUCAGCCGGUCAGUCAGCAGCGUCUCUGUGCAGAGGUGACUAUGCCCCGUGUGUGUUUGAGACAGAUGAUGCGUCUGUCUGCUUUAUUCUUUCACACCAUGACCUGGCUCUGCUCAGCAUCCAUUGACCCCGCUCCCAGAAUUGAUGGACAGCAGACCUUGUCGGUCACCGUACAGGAGAACGUCACUCACCACUUCAACUGCCGAUCAGAGGGCUGGGAUGCUCAAGCCCUGCCCCUGCUGACCUGGUAUCUGAACGGCGAGCAGCAGAGUGAGGUCACGGGCAGCCGGGGGGCGGGGCGUCUGGUUAUGACAUCAGCGCAGGAUUCCAGAAAGCAUAAAUACGGAUCGGAGCGCAACAGCACGUUCACACUGAAACCAAAGCGCUGGGACCGAGAGCUGGUAUGUGCGGCGUGA